AAAUUAUAAAAGCAGCCCUGUUUCUUUAUAUUCCCCUUAAUACCCUCUGCUCACUGGGAAACCCUGCAUCUCCCGUCCUCUCCUUCCCCCUCGAUCUGGAUUCAACGGCUCACACGCCCCUCUCUCUCGAUUCUCACCGCCGGCAUCGCGCAGUGAGAUAGUUGGUACCCACGAUGGGGAAAAAGAAGACCGAGGAGAUGAAUCCACUGUCCUCAAAGGGUAAGCCUAAAGAUGCUGCUUCUUCUAAAGAAGCCAACAAGAAAGAAAGGAUAUCAGUCUCUGCCUUACUUGCCAGCAUGGACCAGAAACCUGAGAGCAAGGCAAAGGCAUCAUCAGCAAGUUCUAAGGCUAAAUCCAAGUCUGCUGUAGUUGCACGCUCCUCUUAUACAGAUGGCUUAGACCUUCCACCUUCAGAUGAUGAAGAGGAAAAUGAAGAGGAAAAUGAGCUGGAGCCUUCUGCUCGUCCGAGAGGGCAAGGAAGAGUUGUUACCACUGUUGAUAUCUCUACAUCCCUUAGCGAGAAGGAAUUGAAGAAACGAGAGAAAAAGGAGCAAGUUGCUGCUCAAGCUGCUGAGUUCGCCAAACAGGAAGCUCUCAAGGACGAUAGAGAUGCAUUCACAGUGGUCAUUGGUAGCAAGACAUCAGUACUUGAGGGGGAAAAUGAGAUGGAUGCAAAUGUGAAGGACAUAACAAUUGACAGUUUCUCUGUUUCUGCUAGAGGAAAGGAGCUCCUUAAGAACGCUGCUUUGAAGAUAUCACAUGGCAAGCGCUAUGGAUUGGUGGGCCCUAAUGGGAAGGGAAAAUCUACUCUAUUAAAAUUAAUCGCUUGGCGUAAAGUGCCUGUGCCAAAGAAUAUUGAUGUCCUUUUAGUUGAGCAGGAAGUUGUUGGUGAUGAAAAAUCUGCAUUGCAAGCUGUUGUUUCUGCUAAUGAAGAAUUGAUUAAGCUUCGAGAGGAAGCUUUGAGGUUGCAGAACCUCUCUCUUGAUGGAGGUGAGCAUGAUGAUGAUUCACGGGACUCUAGUGAAAAACUUGCUGAGGUUUAUGACAAGUUGCAGGUGAUUGGUUCUGAUGCUGCCGAAGCACAAGCCUCCAAGAUCCUUGCUGGUUUAGGCUUUAGUAAAGAUAUGCAAACCCGUCCUACUAAGUCAUUCAGUGGGGGUUGGCGAAUGAGAAUUUCAUUGGCUAGGGCUCUAUUUGUACAACCUACCCUACUGUUGUUGGAUGAGCCUACCAACCAUCUUGAUCUUAGGGCUGUCCUGUGGUUAGAAGAAUAUCUGUGCAGGUGGAAAAAAACACUGGUGGUUGUGUCUCAUGAUCGUGAUUUUCUUAAUACUAUUUGCACUGACAUCAUACAUCUUUUUGACGAGAAACUUCAUUUCUAUCGUGGAAACUUUGAUGAUUUUGAAAGUGGCUAUGAACAAAAGCGGAAGGAGAGCAACAAAAAGUACGAGACAUAUGAGAAGCAAGUCAAGGCUGCAAAGAGAACAGGCAACAGGGCUCAACAAGAGAAAGUCAAGGAGCGGGCAAAAUUCAAUGUGAAAAAAGAAGCUUCCAAGAACAGAGCUAAGGGCAAGGUGGAUGAUGACGAUGAAGCACCCCCAGAGGCCCCAAAGAAAUGGAAGGAUUACAGCGUGGAGUUUCACUUUCCUGAACCUACGGAACUCACCCCUCCUCUGUUGCAGCUGAUUGAGGUGAGUUUCAGCUAUCCUAAUAGGCCGGACUUCCGCCUAUCCAAUGUUGAUGUGGGCAUUGACAUGGGUACAAGGGUCGCAAUUGUUGGGCCCAAUGGAGCUGGAAAAUCAACCUUGCUGAAUCUACUAGCAGGUGAUCUGCAACCUACAGAAGGAGAGGUUAGGAGAAGCCAGAAAUUGAGAAUUGGCAGAUAUUCUCAACAUUUUGUUGAUCUGUUGACCAUGGAAGAGAACCCUGUCCAGUAUCUUCUGAGGCUGCAUCCUGCUCAGGAAGGGUUCAGCAAGCAGGAAGCUGUUCGUGCAAAGCUUGGGAAGUUUGGACUUGCUAGUCACAACCAUCUAACUCCCAUUGCAAAGCUUUCAGGAGGCCAAAAGGCACGUGUAGUGUUCACUUCAAUUUCCAUGUCAAAUCCCCACAUCUUGUUACUUGAUGAACCCACAAACCAUUUGGACAUGCAGAGUAUUGAUGCAUUGGCUGAUGCAUUGGAUGAAUUCACUGGAGGGGUUGUCCUAGUUAGUCAUGAUUCUAGGCUAAUAUCCAGAGUAUGUGAGGAUGAAGAGAAGAGUCAAAUCUGGGUUGUGGAGGAUGGAACUGUAAGGACUUUCCCUGGUACGUUUGAAGAGUACAAGGAGGAUCUGCAAAGAGAGAUCAAAGCUGAAGUGGAUGAUUAAUGUGUGUUGUCUUCCAACUGGAUACCAAUUUGUUUUCCCACCACAUAAUAAGUCUAUCAUGGGUAGAUCAAGUUGGCUUCUAAGAGGAGAUUUCCUAGGAACAUACUUUAAUUGCUUGUAUGUUUCAUAGAUAUGUUUGUGCAUGCGAGGCUCUUCUAUUACCAGUAAUGAGUCUUUUCUGGUUACCGUUUUCAUUUGCUUGUACAUCCAUCUUGCUUCUCAGUUGAGUUGCUAUUCUAGUUCGAAGAAAUUUGUACGAACUUUAGGAGACCCAUCUAUGGCUGUAUAAGUUUUGGAACUGUGUAUCUCUUAUGCUCCUACACAGGUUGUUGUGCUCGUUUACUUGUGAUGAUAUUUCUGAACCCAUCUUCCUUAAUGACUAGUUGAUUUAGUUAUUUUGCUGUA